AUGGCAACCGUAGUUGUGCCUCCUAGGAUGCAACCAACAAGGUUGGGACGGGGUGAUCGCAAUGUUUUCACAAUGUCUGAUGAUACUCCGGCAAUGAAGCAAAUCUUGGAGACCCAUGCUCCUGAUGGCCGAGACAGUGGCUUUGAUGUCAAACCUCUUUUCCAAAUUGUAGAGGACAUCAUUCAUCAUUCCACCUCUACUGUCCCUUGGAUCACUCAUGUAACUCGAGAACAUUUGGGUGGAUUGGAGGAUAGGGCAACCCAGAAUGGAUUCAAUGAAAUGCUCCAACUUUUGGCACACCCAAUAAGUACAGUUUCCUGUGAGAUAUCUUGCAAGUGCUCCGGCGGCAGCGACGGGCACUCAACCACCAAGUCAAUUUGUGUUACACUUUCAGGCUACUCCUGGGACGCCAAGGUGGUGAUAGCAUUAGCAGCCUUUGCCGUGAUCUAUGGCGAGUUCUGGCUGGUUGCCCAGCUUUACCUCUCAAGCCCACUUGCUAAAUCUGUUGCAUACCUCAAACAACUGCCAGAGACGCUCGAGCGCGUGGACCUGUUGAAACCAAAGCUUGAGUCACUCAUCAAACUCAUCGGGGCCAUGCUUGAUGUGACCACCUGCAUUCUCAGGUUCAAGGAGCUCCCACUUCAGUACAUUACCUCUAACACACCGGCAAUGGCGACCGCCAAUGCUCAUAUUCCUGCAGCCGUUUAUUGGACCAUGCGUAGCAUUGUGGCCUGUGCGUCACAGAUCAUGAACGUUAUAAGCAUGGGUCCCGAGUAUGUAUUCUUCAUGGACGUCUUAUCUUGUUGUAGAUAUUCAUAUUUUUUGGUAAUUUUUAGUAUAAUUCUAAAAAACACGCUAUAUUAA